GUUUGUGUAGAAAAUGAUUUAUGCAGUUUUCAGACCACGUUUGCUUAAUAAAAGAGGCUCUAAACGAUGUUAUUAUUGUUGUUUUCCCUGUAUGGCUCACUUAAACCUACGCUGCGGCUGAGAAACCGUAGGUUCUGCACGCUGAAGGAUAAAUGGACUCACGCAAAUUCGAAAAACGAUCGUUUCUCUUGUAGAUUUAGUCUCGUCUUUUAAAUAUGUGAGUUUUAAAUGAGUUGAAAAUACUUUUGUUUAAUUAAUGGGUGAAUUGCUCUGGGUGUGCAUUUGUUUAUUCUGCAGGGCAACAACCAACAACAAGGUGAAGGAGACUGUGGCUCUGGAGCUGAGCUUCGUCAACUCCAACCUGCAGCUGCUCAAGGAAGAGCUGGAGGAGCUCAACAGCAACAUGGAGGUCUACCAGACAGACAGCGAGUCCGUCAAUGUUCCCAUGAUCCCACUCGGCCUAAAAGAAACCAAAGAGGUGGACUUCACUGGUCCUGUCCAGGACUUCAUCUCUGAACACUACAGAGAGGACGGCACGCUGUAUGAGAAGGAGAUCCAAGACCUCAUGGAGCUCAGACAGGCGAUGCGCACGCCCAGUCGCAACCAGGCUGGUCUGGAGCUUCUAAUGGAGUACUACAACCAGCUGUACUACCUGGACCAGCGCUUCUUCUCUGCCCACAAGAAUCCGGGUGUUCAUUUCCACUGGUACGACUCUCUGACGGGCGUCCCGUCGUCUCAACGCGCUCUGGCCUUUGAGAAAGGAAGUGUGUUGUUCAACAUCGGAGCGCUGUACACGCAGAUCGGAGCGCGACAGGACCGCUCUGCAUCAGCCGGCAUCGACACGGCCAUAGAUGCUUUUCAGCGUGCUGCAGGUGCUUUUAAUUACCUUAAAGAGAAUUUCUCCAGCCCGAGUCUGGACAUGAGCGCUCCGUCUCUCAGCAUGCUGGUCCGGCUGAUGGUCGCCCAGGUGCAGGAGUGUGUGUUUGAACGUAUCACACUCGGCACGCAGGACACGGGCCUUACCUCACAGCUUCACCUGGCACAGGAAGCUGCACAGGUGUCCGAUGUUUACUUACUGGUGCAGCAGACGAUGACACAGCCUCUGAUGAAGGACUACGUCCCGUUUUCGUGGGCGUCGAUGGUUCAGGUUAAAUCUGAACACUUCCAAGCGCUUGCUCACUACCACGCUGCUGCUGCACUCUGUGAUCCAGUGUCUGAUGGGGAGGAGUGUGAAGAGGAGGUGGAGAAGGCCUUCCUCAGUUUUUACACGAACCUUUCUGGAAGUCAAACUCUCAGCCAGAUCCUACAAGACGCUGAAAACAGACGGAAGCUCGGUAAAGCCCACCUUCGGCAUGCUGUGAUGAAACACGAGGAGGCCAUUCGUGUCCACAGUCUGUGUAAAAUCCUGAGGAAGAUGGACAUCCUGCAGGACGUGCUGUCCCAAACGCACAAACGCUCCUUGGACAAAUACUUGGAGCUGGAUCGCGAGGACGACUUUGACGAGACAGCAGAAGCUCCGGAGAUACGAGCUCAAACUCAUCAGAAACCAGAGAUCACUUCACCCAACUUCUGCACCGUCCAAGUCACCGACAUCUUUCAGAGACUGGGACCCCUGUCAGUGUUCUGUGCCAGGGCCCGCUGGGGCCCGGCUCGUGUGAUCUGCCUGCAGAGGAGAGAAGGCGGGUUGGGCCUCACGCUCAGAGGAGACUCCCCGGUCCUGGUGGCAGGAGUGGUACCUGGAGGCUGUGCAGAGGAGGCGGGACUAAGGGAAGGAGACUACAUCGUAGCAGUGGACGGACACGACUGUAAGUGGGCCAAGCAUGGGGAGGUGGUCCACAUGCUGAAGGGCUGUAGCGACAGGGGAGUGGAGGUCAGCGUGGUCACGCUAGACUCACAUCACACACAGGUGGAGAGAAAAUCCAUCAUGCUGUCUCACUGCAGCGAGAAAGAAAACUCUCGGCAGUGCCCGCUGGGCGGGGCUAAGGGCCAGAGCUCCGCCUCCUUGUUGAACUGGAGCAGGAAGAAAAAAAAGGAAGGGGGCGGAGUUGCUAAAAAACUGGGAAGCACUUUCAGUUUGUCAUUUGGAAACCUCCGAGACACGGAGACGAUGUACUGAGACGCCACUGUGGAGGAAUCACUCAGGGACUCGCGGCCGAGGAGCAAACGGUACGACCGGCACCAACCAUCGGUUCUACACGAAGAAACACACACACUGUUGGGAAGGGGGGGCGAAAAGGAAAAGCUGAAUGGAGAAGAACAUUUAGGUCAUUAGGAAUUCAGGCGGCUUUCCAGCAACAUGCAUAAAGUGGGCGUGGCUUAGCUUUGCUGAAGUGAACUGAGAUGAAACCAAUAUUCAGAUAUACGAAUUUCUAGCGGGACUUUUGCAUCUGGCCCGGCCCGGCCCAGCGCGGCCAGGUUUUGCUCACAUCAUUUGCUCCUCACACCACAGCAGGGCGAUGGCAAGCUGUUGUAGCAUGUAAUUCACAAACGCUUCUGUCUUUGAAUAUAAUUUAGACUGGAUUAUGUUGCCAACCCGCACACAAUAAUAUAUAUUCCACCAUGACGUUCAUACUCGUAGAAAUGAAUGCAGUUAGCAUUUCCAGUAGCUUUUUACUGAACAUGUUAAUGAAAUAAUAAAAUGUUGUUGAUCAUAUGUGGACAUAUUUAGAUGUUAUUUAGACUAGGACGAGUGACAUUAAUACCACGCUUCAGUGUUACUGAAAUGUACCACGUACCUACCGGGGCCGGGUUGGGCUGACCCAGAUGUGAACAUGUACCUACCGGGGCCGGGUUGGGCUGACCCAGAUGUGAACAUGUACCUACCGGGGCCGGGUUGGGCCGACCCAGAUGUGAACACGUACCUACCGGGGCCGGGUUGGGCUGACCCAGAUGUGAACACGUACCUACCGGGGCCGGGUUGGGCCGACCCAGAUGUGAACACGUACCUACCGGGGCCGGGUUGGGCCGACCCGAAUGUGAACAUGUACCUACCGGGGCCGGGUUGGGCCGACCCAGAUGUGAACACGUACCUACCGGGGCCGGGUUGGGCCGACCCGAAUGUGAACAUGUACCUACCGGGGCCGGGUUGGGCCGACCCAGAUGUGAACACGUACCUACCGGGGCCGGGUUGGGCCGACCCAGAUGUGAAUACGUACCUACCGGGGCCGGGUUGGGCCGACCCAGAUGUGAACACGUACCUACCGGGGCCGGGUUGGGCCGACCCAGAUGUGAAAGCACCAUAAAUUCAAUGUAAGCCUAAAGCUCCAAUGGCAAAUCUGCAAAACAAGCUAGGUGAAAACAUGUUUUCACGCAACUUAGCAACGUUCUAACAUAGUUUAUCUAUAAAUAUGUUGUGGAGAAAUAAUAAAGCAGUUCUCUCGCAAUUGUCUAAAAACCUCAGCCAAUAACACGGCUCGGUCCAAAACCAACUAUUGGACCAUUCGGUUGUUCGCCACACUUCCCUGGGUCCUCCACACACUCAUGUAAUCAGCACCAGAACAUCGCUGGUGUGAGAGGUUCUCCGCUCUAUAUUAUCAGAGAAGGAGAAACAGCCGGCUGCUACCACUUCAACUUUAGGACAAACUACCGGAGUCCCAAAAAAAAAAAAGAGACACCAUCUAAAGUCACGGACAACAAAAGCCGUCUGGACCUAGAAAAUGGUGACUGGUGUUUAGCGCCAUCUCGUUUACUCUGAAAAUGUGGGUUUCCAUUAUUAGGGGGACGGGAUGAUAGCCGGCAGGAGGGGCGAGAGUUCUGAUACGGUAUUAGCUUGUUUUGCUGAUUUAGUAUUGCUGCUUUAAGCCUGUGUGUGAUAGGAUGAGGUAAACAGAAGGUCAAAGGUCGCAGAGGUGAAGCUGAAAAGGUUACUCUUUACCAACCAGCCUGAACUGUAAAUAGCGCCCUACAAUUUGAUCCACUCCUGAAAGAUGUUAGAAAAAACUAUUUUAGCUUUCGUCGAUUCGACCUGAAGUUGAGGCUAAAUCAGGCGUAAAGCUGAACUGAAAACCAGCUCUAAUGCAAAAAUACAGAAAACAUGAAAACUUAUGUCUAAGUAGAUGGAUCCAUGUUCAGAGUGUACACUAUAUGAUGCAACAGCUGAUCCACAGCCAGACCUUCAGCUGCAGAGAACCUCUUUCUUCUCUGCCGUGGCCGUUUGCAGCUAAUCAAACCGUGAUGGGAGCGUUGUGUGUCUAGUCCCUUCAAUGUUCUGGUGCCAAACGUACAAAUGAAGGGGGCGGGGCCAUCCUGUUACCAGAGUUUACAAACUAAAUGAGUGAAGAUGCAGAACUACGGUUUACUCCUAUGACCGCGUGGCCUCGAUUGUUCAGGAGCGGUUUCAUCUGUAGAUAUGAGUAAAAACACGAAAAAGAUCUCGAGUUAGACCAAACUUUAAAGUAAAAUGUGAUAAAAGAGAAUAGGAAGUGUGAACAGAUGUACACCAUGAGAUUUCCACUACUGGGACUAUCUGGAAAUUUUCUUGUUUUCAUGGAAAAAUGCAGAAAGUCUGAGUGGAAAACCUGGGAAAUGAGCUGGGGCCUCAUUUAUCAAGCUAGCUUACGCAGAAAACGGGGUCGGAAAACUGCGUAAGCAACUUUUCACGUAAUCUUUGGGAUUUAUGAAAGAAAACUUUGCGGAAAAAUGUGUACAACUUUAAGUUGACUAAGGACCUGGCUUACACACCUGUUGGACAUGGAGAGCACCUGCAGUGCUGCUGCUGAGAAGAUACAAUUAUGAAAUCCUGCAGCAUUAUCACUUGUACUGCUUCCUGUUCACACAGAACAAGACCCCCUGCGCGCACACACACACACACACACACACACACACACACACACACACACACACACACACACACAGCCUGAAACUCAGAAUACGGAAUGCAGGAUAUCAGCAGGGGGACAGAUUGAGACAGAAUGCCAUGCGUCUGUGACGGUGUGUGUCCUGUCACUGACUACGUUUACAUGCAGCCAAUAUCCGGGUUAUGAUCGGGUUAAGGUCGGGAUUCGGGUUUCUGAGUUGAUCAGAAUAACCCGUUUACAAGCAUAAAUGGAAAGAGUUACCCCUAACUUGCCUAACCCGGUUUAAAUGCGGACGUUGGGGUAGCGUCAGGACGUAUGGACUACGUCCAGACGCAAUAUGCGUCAUAUUUCGCUGUCUCUGUACUUUCGGCCGUCAACAAAAGACAUAAUGUUCAUACUUUUCACCAGACCGAUGAAGACAGAGGUUUCGUCACUCCGAAAGUGUGGUGCUGUGCCGCGACUCGCCAUGUUGCUCCCAACUUGUUUACUUCCGGUGUUCUGGUGCAUACAAGACGUCUCGCUACUCAAAAGACCAAGAUUCCUUGCGAACAGAGCAUGAGCAGAACACACACUUUGAUGGGGAUAUCCCGGUAUGCGUUUACACGACCAAACAUUCAGGUUAGAAAAGGGUUACCCCAGGUGUAGUAACCGGGUUUUUAAAAACCCGGUUAUGAGCAUAUCCGGGUUUCUGGCGGUGUUUACAAGGACCUGCGGAACCGGGUUAUUGUGAAUAUUCGGGUUUUAAAAGGGUUACUGGCUGCAUGUAAACGCACUCAGUGUGACACGAUUGAUCAUGCGCCCUGGCUACUUGGACAAGGGAGAUCUCUGUUUGGGUGACUGGUUAGCAUGCGUGACUUUCACCCGGGAGUCUGGGGUUCGAAUCCUGAUUGGGCCAUUUUAUAUCCGCCACAGAUCUCUCUGAGGAACUCAGCAUUGACAGCUUCAGCAACGCUGUGCCACUCCGUGGAUUUUCUCUUAUUUGUUUUGCAAAAGCACUUCCUUUCAUUUCUCCACCUCACCCACAGGUACCUCAACUUCUGCUUCUGUGAAAUUGCACUUCCUUGAUCUGCCUUGAUCUACGGUCGCCGUCGUCAUUGGCGGAGCGCUGCAACAGCCGGCUUAUGCAUAUGCAUGAGGUCCACAAGGCACUUUGCAUUGACCAUUUAUGGCAGUAAGUGGGCGUGGUGAGGGCGGGAUGUGACUAAAAAGCAGCUGAGAAACAUUCUAGAUAGUCUCUGAUUUAUGAAGCGGAGCUUGCGUGCAGCUGUGCGUCCUCCAUGUUUGAUAGAUCACACACCUGCUUGGCGUAAGUACAUUUUUUUUUGCUGAGCUCAAGUACGGUUUUAGUCAGGAGUCUACGCCAUGUUUGAUAAAUGAGACCCCAGGACAUGCGGGUGGCAGCCAUGAUUCUCAAAGCCAUUUCUGUGGAAUGCUUUUGCAAAAACCUGACACAUUUCUCCGGGACAUUGCAUUCAGUAGUGCAGCUAGUUGUUCCGCCACCAAUCGUUACGGAGAUGUGGACAUCGAGGGAGUUUGAAACGAACCCAUGGAGGCUACAGAUUUAGACACCAGCGAGCGCCUCAAAUCAGCAAAAGCUCUCAUUAUUUAGAGUUUAGCCUGUAAAACGAACCAGUCUCACACGUCUACAAUCGUUCAGAUGUUUUCCUACAAAAAUCGACUUUUCGCUCAAAUAUUUCUGCUUUCAGGUUAAACAACUCGACUCGUUUUUGUAGCGUGUAAAAACUCAACGUAGACUCUAAAAACAUUUGAUCUGACACGGGGCUGCAUGAUAUUAGGAAAACCUGCGAUGUGCGAUAACGGUGAUUUAUACUGCGAUGGCGAUCUUACUCGUGAUAAAUAAAAACUUAACUCGGGAACAAAAAUAUUCAAAAACAAAGGAAUUAAAAAAUGACCCAAAAAAAAUCACAAAAAUGAGGAAAGCAACAGAUGCGAGGAAAGGGAAAAAGAAGGCGAUCAGUGGAUCCCGGGAGAGCAGAAAGAGCAGAACAAGGCUAACUCUGGUGUUUGCUAACUAUCUAAAUUAGGUGCCGUCUGCCUCGGGGGCGGGCCUCUAACCUAUGAGAACCCACCCAAUUGGCCAAAUGGGUGAAGAGCUCCAUUUGAUUUUGUUAAAAAAACAUCAGUUUGACAGAAUGCAUCACGCGUAGCAAACACUUGAGCUGACCAUUCAUUGCGAUAUUUAUCUGUUUUUUGCGAUAUGCAUAUUGUGCAUGCUGAUAUCGCGAUAACGAUAUAUUAGCGAUAUAUUAGUGCAGCCCUAAUCUGACACUACUGAUCUGAGGCCAGGCUUUAAUUUUUUUAAAUAAAAGUUAAAGAAACGUCCAUGAAACCGAUAAUGUCCAUGUCUCGGUCAUUUCCUAGAAUUCCUCGUUAGACUAAUUCCUGUUUGUUUCCAUGGAAGAUCAGAAUUUAUCCAAGUGAACCCAGAAUUUUACGUUUUUUUAAGUCUCCGCUGGAUCCACCCGAUCUGCACGACUACAGGAGACGGGAGCGUAUUUCUGACGUUUUAUUGUUCUAAUAAAACUAUUCUGGAUCAGCUGAGGAACUCGAUACGGACGCGAGACUCAGCUCUCACACCAGAUGUGUGUUUAGUCGGUUCUAGAAACUGAAGCACUUGAAAUGUUUGUUUAGGUUUAGACGUGUUUAACGCACUGUGACAACUCUUUAGAAGGUAGUUUUUGAUGCUGCAAUAACGAACAACACUGAUGUGUGUUAGAAACAAACUGUGAAGCUUUUUUAAUGUCCAACGUGCAUGUUCACGUGCACGUCUUUAGUGCAGCGGUCGUAGCCGAGGAGGGAAAAGGAUUUUUUAUGUCUUUAAUACGUUACUGUUUGUUUAAACGAUGACGUCACCAGACAAAUGUUUUUGUACAUCUGAUCAUCUCUGAGGACUCCUCGGGGAUUUGCACUGCAUUUACAUGUUUUAGAUAAAUAAAGCUGAGAAAUGA